AUGUCCGCCGCCCAUCGCCUGCUUGCAAUCCCCGAAGUUCUCGUCCAGGUUGCAGAGCACGCGAAGGACGAGUCAACCGUGGCCUCCCUUGCCCAAACGUGUCGUUUCUUCUGCUCACCCGCCCUCGACGUACUAUGGCGGUCCCAAUCGGGCCUUGCGAACAUAGUGAAGUGCAUGCCUGCGGAUCUCUGGGAGAUUCAGCCCGAACUCUAUGGUCGUGGCACCUUGACAUUCAAACGAGCGAUGCGCCCGAGCGACUGGGAUCGCUUCAACGUGUACGCUCCCCGUGUUCGUGUACUUGCGCUCAGGCUCUGUGGCCGUCGCGACGUACACCUCGAAAACGACGUCUACCUUGCGUUGAGUAUGUACGCUCUCUCAAUGCCGCUCUUCCCCAACCUGCGCACAUGGUACUGCCUCGGCAUCCCGCAGGCCACAGCCGGACCAGACCAUCGGCUAUUUCUUGGGGCGCACCUGGUCGAUUUGACUGUGGCAUGGGAUGCAUUUGACGAACGCGCCGCUUUUCUGCUGGCUUGUCUCUCUCAACGCUGCCACAAGCUUCAGACGAUCGAUCUGCAAGUCGACCACGCGAUCGCCGCGGCACAGGAUCUUUGGCUUCAACCCGGCCUGUUCGCGUCGUUAAAGGAGUUAUACUAUGUUCAUGUCAAUGCUGAUGCUUCCUUUCCUGCGGCCGCAUUCGUGGAAUUACAAAGGCUGCCUGAACUUGAGGAGCUGGUAAUCGAGACUCACCCUAGCCCAGUGUGGUCACUACCCCCGGCUUCUCUCGAGACACCGUCAUCUUUCCGGGCUUUGAUAUCACUGCAUCUAAAUUCUGGUCAUGGAAAGAGCUGCGUGGACAUGCUGGCUGCGGUCUUCUUCCCUGUUCUCGAGAUACUAGAAAUCGAAGCCGGCCUGGUGGGGCCUCUGGGACAUCUCUUCAAGGCCAUCCACGAGCAUUGCUCACACACCUCCCUCCGCAUUCUGCACGUUGCAGGACUCGACCCUGUCGACGAGGGUGCCGACGAGGACGUCAAGCCCGAGCCCGCCGCCACAGCGGACGAUUUCCGGUACCUGCACGCCUUUCACAGGUUGGAGGAGGUCUGGGUGGACACGCUGCACGACUUCGUGCUCGCCGACGACGAUCUGCGGCACAUGGCUCUCUCAUGGCCCCGCCUCCGGUCGCUGCGGCUGCUCCCGGCUGAGGAGCUGAACCCGCCAAAUUGGGGGACCCCCGCGGCGGGCACGCUCACCGGUCUCAUGCACUUCGCGCGGCACUGCCCCGCCCUGCGGAGCCUCUGGCUCGUGCUCGACACGUUGUCCGCGUCCGCGGAGCAGAUUCUCUUCGAGUUCCCGGACGCGCUGGAGGUCGAGUCUGCCGUGACGCACCUGAUGGUGGGCACCAGCGAUGCGUGCGACGGGGACGCACACGAGGUUGCGAAGUCACUUGCUAUCAUCUUUCCUCACCUUGAGGAGUUUGCGGGUGACUAUCCGUUCAUACACAACGAUACGUGGGAUGAAAUCGAGCGGCUCUAUCCUGCGUGCCUUCGCGCGAUCAAUGCGAUGCGCCGUCGACAUUGUAAUAGACUGCUAGUGUCCGACACGAGCACGAGCGACGAUGACGACGCCAAUGACGAUGACGGCGAUGAUAAUGAUGACGACGACGACGGGGGGGAGGAGGUGGAGGGAUUCAUUUGGACGCUGACCGACGACACCGUGACGCGCCAAUUGGUGUCUUAA